GUGCUGCCGAUAACACAAUGCGACUCUGGGACGUACGGACGGGUAAAUGUCUCUAUACAUGGGAGUUCCCUACUGCUAUCAAGCGUGUUGCAUUUAGUGAUGAUGACAAGUUCAUUGCUUGCAUAACCGAACAACGAAUGGGACACCAAGGAGCCAUCCGCGUCUUCCCCAUCAAUCGCUCUGGGAAUGCCACCGACCAGCCCGCGGAACCAUCUUCCAUCUUCCACCCCAUUGAAUCCAAAGCUACUGUUCUCGCUUUUUCAAACACCUCUGAUUUCCUUGUGACUGGCCACGAGUCGGGAAAGAUUGCAUUGUUCAAUGCAAAGACAGGAGAGGAGGUCACUUCGAACAAAAGAGCACAUCGAGAAGUUGUCACAGACAUACAGAUGAGCCAAGAUAGGAGUUACUUUAUUACCAGUAGCAAGGACAAAACCGCCAAGCUAUUCGAGACCAAAACUUUAGAAGAACUGAAGUCGUACUCCACGGAGACACCGCUCAAUAGCGCAGCAAUAGCGACCAAGAGACCCUAUAUCUUACUUGGGGGUGGCCAAGAAGCGAUGAACGUGACGACUACCUCGUUACGACAAGGAAAAUUCGAGACUCGGUUUUGGCAUAAGAUCUUUGAGGAAGAGGUUGGGCGAGUCAAAGGACAUUUUGGACCGAUUAACAC